AUGUUUGGUGUUGUUUUCAGAUUCCUCGAGACACCAGCGACAGGCCUGCUGCGCGGCAGCAGCGCGGGGGACGCCGCGCGGGCCCUCAUGCGCCCGACGCGCGCGCUGCUCCUUUAUGCCAAUGAGAUGUCCCGCGCCGCGACUGCUGUCGAGCCGGCGCCUCGAUCGGGUGAGCUUAUUGACCUGAGGAUCAGGCUGAGGGGCGGCGACCCUGAGGCAGAGGAUGAGGAGGUUGACGAGUGGCGCGCCGCCAGGGAGGCGGAGCGAGAUGAGAAAAACGGCGCGGGCAGCAGGGCCGGCGCGGGCGGCGCGGGUGCGGGCGGCGAGGGCGGCGCGGCCGGCGCCAGCGGCACGGGCGGCGUGGGUGCAGUAAGCAGCGGCGGUGUCCCCGACGGUUCCCAGAUCGCCCCAGGCCGGCGCGCAGAGCUAUUGCAACGCCUGAGGCUCGCGGGCGCCUGGGGGGCCUUGGUGAUGCAGCACCUGGCGGGCAUGCUGCAAGAGCUAGAAGCCAAGGCGCCCGCGCAGGCCCUUGCGGUGCUCAUGCCUGCCGAUGCAAUGGCGCAGGGGGAGCAGGGGCCGCACAGCAGGCUGGCCCAGCUGCGGGCCGAUUUGGAGGGGGUGGCGGCGGCGUUCAAGGGCGCAGAGCGCGCAGUCGAGGCAGCGCAGCGGGCAGCCGCAGCCGCGGCGGCUGCAGCGCUUGGGGUGGGAACAGGCAUGGGCAUGGGCGGGACCGUGCAGGAGCAGCACGAGGCCAUGGAGGAGGACUUUGAUUUCGAUUGA